CCCUCCGCCCGUCCCCAGGAUCUGACGUGGGCUCGACACCUCUCCCAGCCUCUGCCUCCCGCAGCUCCAGUGCCCAGAACCUCUGCUCUCCGGGUUUCGCAACCCCCUCCCCGCCCCUGCAACCCCCUAGAGCCCAGUAGAGACCCUCCCAACCCUCCUUAACCCCACCCCAGGUCCCCCCACAAGCUGCCUUCCUCCUCCCCAUCCCCCCACACCCCCAUACCCCAGCUUGGGAUCCAACCGGGUGAACCCAGGCUGCAGAUGAGAGGGUAACCCAGGCGACCCGGCCCCUUCAGCCCUGCCAGCCCCACCUCCUGCAGCCGGAGCCGCGCCCCCCUCUACCGCACAGAGGACAGAAAAGAUUGAGCGAAGAGGGGGUGGGUGGGCUCCAGCCACCCCCAACCCUGUCCUGUCCCUCCAGUUCAAGGGAAAAAUUGUAUUCCUUUGCUGACCCUUAGCAGGAAAAAGAAAAAAGAGUACUAAAGGGAAAGAGAAAAGGUGGCAGCCAGAUUCCUUGGGAGAGAAGCCUGGGUGAGUCGCCAUGGGGACUCCCGGGCCCCACCACCCAUCGCCUCCCCAGCUGCUGUUCCUGAUUCUGCUGAGCUGUCCCUGGAUCCAGGGCUUGCCCCUUCAGGAAGAUGAGGUCUUGCCAGAGCCUGCAAGUGAGACCCCCACCGUGGCCACCGAGGCACUGGCUGAGCUGCUGCAUGGGGCCCUGCUGAGGAGAGGUCCGGAGAUGGGCUUCCUGCCGGAAUCUGACCCAGACACCACCCUAGCAACCCCUCCAGCCGGCCAGACUCCUGCAGCACCCUACCUGCCACGGGCCACCGAGCCAGCCACAGGGCCUCUGACUACCGCGGUCACCCCUCAGGGGGUGCGAGGGGCAGGGCCCACCGCCCCCGAGCUGCUGACCCCGCCCCCAGGAACCACGGCCCCGCCCCCUCCAGGCCCCGCCUCCCCGGUCCCCCCUCUGGGACCUGAGGGAAGUGAAGAGGAGACCACGACCACCAUCAUCACCACCACCACUGUCACCACCACAGUGACCAGUCCAGUUCUGUGCAAUAACAACAUCUCGGAGGGCGAAGGGUUUGUGGAGUCCCCAGAUCCUGGGAGCGCUGCCGGCCGCAGCCUGGGACUGCUGGACUGCACUUACAGCAUCCACGUCUACCCCGGCUACGGCAUCGAGAUCCAGGUGCAGACCCUGAACCUCUCACAGGAGGAGGAGCUUCUGGUGCUGGCUGGAGGGGGGUCUCCUGGCCUGGCCCCCCGACUUCUGGCCAACUCCUCCAUGCUGGGAGAAGGACAGGUGCUUCGGAGUCCCACAAACCGGCUGCUGCUGCACUUCCAGAGCCCACGAACGCCCAGGGGCGGCGGCUUCAGGAUUCACUAUCAGGCCUACCUGCUGAGCUGUGGCUUCCCUCUGCGGCCGGCGCACGGGGACGUGAGCGUCACUGACCUGCACCCCGGGGGCACUGCCACCUUCCAUUGCGACUCAGGGUACCAGUUGCAGGGCGAGGAGACCCUCAUCUGCCUCAAUGGCACGCGGCCCGCCUGGAGUGGGGCACCCCCCAGCUGCAUAGCGUCCUGUGGAGGCACUAUCCACAAUGCCACUCUGGGCCGCAUCGUGUCGCCCGAGCCCGGGGGAGCGGCCGGCCCCAACCUCACCUGCCGCUGGGUUAUCGAAGCAGCUGAGGGGCGCCGGCUGCACCUGCACUUCGAGAGGGUCUCACUGGAUGAGGACAAUGACCGGCUCAUGGUGCGCUCUGGGGGGAGUCCCCUGUCACCGGUGAUCUACGACUCGGACAUGGAUGACGUCCCGGAGCGCGGCCUCCUCAGCGAUGCCCAGUCCCUCUAUGUGGAGCUGCUCUCAGAGACCCCUGCCAAUCCCCUGCUGCUCAGCCUCCGCUUUGAAGCCUUUGAAGAGGACCGUUGCUUUGCCCCCUUCCUGGCCCAUGGCAAUGUCACGACCACAGAUCCUGAGUACCGCCCAGGGGCACUGGCCACCUUCACCUGCCUCCCAGGCUAUGCCCUGGAUCCCCCGGGGCCCCCCAGUGCCAUUGAGUGUGUGGACCCCACGGAGCCGCACUGGAACGACACAGAGCCAGCCUGCAAGGCCAUGUGCGGAGGAGAGCUGUCGGAGGCUGCUGGUGUGGUGCUCUCUCCGGACUGGCCGCAGAGCUACAGCCCUGGCCAGGACUGCGUGUGGGGCCUGCAUGUGCAGGAAGAGAAACGCAUCUUGCUCCAAGUGGAGAUCUUGAACGUCCGCGAGGGGGAUAUGUUGACCCUGUUCGAUGGAGAUGGUCCCAGCGCCCGGGUCCUAGCUCAGCUGCGGGGCCCUCAACCGCGCCGCCGACUCCUCUCUUCUGGGCCAGACCUGACACUGCAGUUCCAGGCACCGCCAGGACCCCCAAAUCCAGGCCUGGGUCAGGGCUUCGUGCUGCACUUCAAAGAGGUCCCCAGGAACGACACGUGCCCCGAGCUGCCACCUCCGGAGUGGGGCUGGAGGACGGCGUCGCACGGGGACCUGAUCCGGGGCACGGUGCUCACUUACCAGUGCGAGCCUGGCUACGAGCUGCUGGGCUCCGACAUUCUCACCUGCCAGUGGGACCUGUCCUGGAGCGCCGCACCACCCGCCUGCCAGAAGAUCAUGACGUGUGCCGACCCAGGUGAGAUCACCAAUGGCCACCGGACUACCUCGGAUGCCGGCUUUCCCGUGGGUUCCCAUGUGCAGUACCGCUGUCUACCAGGCUACAGCCUGGAGGGGGCAGCUGUGCUUACCUGCUACAGUCGGGACACAGGCACCCCCAAGUGGAGCGACCGUGUCCCCAAGUGCGCCUUGAAAUAUGAGCCGUGCCUGAACCCCGGAGUCCCUGAGAAUGGCUACCAGACGUUGUACAAACACCACUACCAGGCUGGCGAGUCCCUUCGCUUUUUCUGCUACGAGGGCUUUGAGCUCAUCGGUGAAGUCACCAUCACUUGCGUGCCCGGCCACCCCUCCCAGUGGACCAGCCAGCCCCCACUGUGCAAAGUGACCUAUGAGGAGCUCCUGGACAACCGCAAACUGGAAGUGACCCAGACGACAGACCCUUCCCGGCAGCUGGAGGGAGGGAACCUCGCCCUGGCCAUCCUGCUGCCCCUCGGCUUGGUCAUUGUCCUCGGCAGUGGUGUUUAUGUCUACUACACCAAGUUGCAGGGAAAAUCCCUCUUCGGCUUCUCGGGUUCCCAUUCCUACAGCCCCAUUACCGUGGAGUCAGACUUCAGCAACCCGCUGUAUGAAGCUGGGGAUACACGGGAGUACGAGGUCUCCAUCUGAACCAGGACUGAGGCUGCAGGACCUGGAACGCCCCCUCCCCUCCUUUAUUGGGGCGGUGGGGGGGGAGGGUCCGCCCUCCUACCUGCUGUGUACAUAGUCUGCCCAUCCCGCCAGGGGGCUUUUCUGGCCCUGGAGACCCCACAGUUGACAAACCAGCAGCCUGCCGCCCAGAGCCGCCUCUUGUCAGUUGCCAAACAGGGGGGCCUGCCCCCUACACCCUACUGGCUUUUGGAUCCCAGGAGGGGAACUCAGCCCCCCUCCCCUGCAGCUCUUGGGGUCCCUGCACCCCUCCAGGACUGCCCAUGACAGCCCUACAGUCUCCUUGGUCCUGCAGGCCCCUCCUCUCCCCAGCUGUCCUGGCCCCAUCCGGAUGCCUGGAAGAUGAGAGAGGGAGGGCAGGCAGAGCCAAGGCCCUGCCCCCUUCCUGCUGUUUCCUCAACCCCCCAUUUUCUCCAUCUUUGCUUCUGGAUUUUUGGUUUUCAGCAAUAAAAAGAAAGUCAUCACUUGUAA